UCUUUAUAGACCUAUUUCCGAGUCUAAAACUGAUCACUGGAAUCUACUCAGCAAGUAGACCAUGGAGUUUCUUUUAGGAAUUAUCCUGACUAUUGGAUUCAUUCAUCAAGUGCCAGCACAAUCAACAUGUCCACCUUGUUCCUAUGAUCAGAUAUGUGAAAAUUCUACAUGUGAAUGUGAUAUGUCUUUGUAUCCUGAUUUCGCAGAUUUAAAUUUACCAUCUGUACUACAGAAAACACAACUAAUAUGCAACUCUCAGCAGCUCAUUCUUCGACUUUCUGGGUGCUUAGGAAGACUUCUCCCAGAUUACAAUUUCACAGAUCCAGUUUCAACACCUGAAACAUUCCCGUGCUUCUACUAUUAUGGGCCCAACAAAGAUGUGACUGGUGAAGCCUUAGUUGCAUUUAAUUUCAGUUCAAUAAGUCCAUCAUGUAUUUAUGAUUUUUCAGCAAAUGGUUCCUAUGCAACACACAGCAUUAGGGUUCUGUUUGAAUAUAUGUCAACUGGUCAACUUGUUAUCCUGCAUAAUAAUGUUGCAGUAAAUUUCAGCUGUUCAUACCCUUUGGAUAUGAUAGCAAGUCUUAAUCUGGCAAUCAAGCCUAUACAGAGCUCAACCAACAUAACUGUCACUGGUGUUGGAACUUACCAAUCAAAAAUGGCGCUAUACAAGAAUUCAGAUUUCACUGAUCCCUAUACCGAAUCAGACAAGCCAAUUAGUUUGCGAGUUGAAGAUCCACUCUACAUAGGAGCAUUUGUCAUUGGAGCUGAUCCAAACAAAUUUUCAUACAAGACUGUUAGCUGCUAUGCAACUCCAGAGAAUGACAGUAAUUCUCUUGUUAAAUACCCUAUCAUUAGUGAUGGUUGUCCUAUACCUACAUCUGCUUAUGUCAAAAUUGUGGAAAAUGGAGAUGCUUUGACAAGCAAAUUUUGGUUCAAAGCCUUUAAAUUUGCCCAAGAUGAUGCAUUAUAUUUAUUCUGCAAUGGAACACUUUGCAGUGGAACAUGUAUUCCAACCUGUACUGGAAGAUCAGCAGAUACAGGUGAAUCUUUAAUAGCCUAUCCUCCAAUUGGACCUAUUCAUGUGCAUGGAGAUUCAUCUUCAGCUUCCACAGUGAACUGGAAAGCAUGGCUUCUCCUUCCACUCCUGGCCUUGAAAAUGCUGUAAAUCCUCCAAAUGAACAGUGAAGACACUCAGGAAUUUUGGCUAAUAUCAGAAUACCUUUACUUUCCUUUUUUAAUAUAUAAGUUCUUCUUUAAAUGUUUGAUUAAGUCAUACUAUACAUGCUGAAUCUUCUCUAAUUAUGAAUUAAUCGUUUAAGUUUGUCUAGGCAUCAUAUACUUUGCAUACUAAAAUUAAUUUCCUACAAAUGUAGUUGUGUAACAGAAACAUGUUUAAAAGUUUUAGUCAACAGCACAAAAUGUCCACAUUGUCUUAGUCUAGCAUUUUUAACAUGAGGUUGUUUUGUAAAUCUAGUUAGCUUAUUUGUAACUGCAGGUCUUCGUAUAGAAAACCCAAGUGUAGAAUAAGAGAAUAAGGUGUGAGUAGAUGAGAAUUACUCUAAUAAACUUAUUUGUGUACAUUGCCCUUUCUAAAGCAUAUGGUUCCCUGAACAAGUACUUCAUUUUACUCAGGCCAGGAUGCAAGAAUCACUCUUACAUGCCAAAAAAGAGGAUGCUUGUUACAGAAUUAACAAUAUAAUUGACAUCAAUGUAAAGUAAAAAAAGUAAAUAAUUUACUUAACACAUACAAACAGGACAGUAAUAAUAGUGAUUGUUUAAAGGCAACAGUAAUGUCCUUAUAUCAGUAAGUAAUGGCUGUUUGAACUGAUUAUUUAGGCAAUCCCUGAAUAGAAUUACAAAGCAUUGAUAUAUGGUAGACUGCAAGUGUUACAUUUUCAUUUUGUUUUCCUCAGUGCUGGUAUCUCUAAAUCAAUUAAUAUUACAAUCAUAACUUAUCCUAUUAUUUAUCAUUCAAAAUAAACAUUCUGUAUUGCAAAGCA